GCAGGCUCGGCAGUGUGGAGCCAGCAGUGUCCUAAGCAGGAGUGCGGCAACAUUGCGGUGUAACGUUACUUACGGUGGGUUCAUGUGAUGUCACGGGUCACGAUAAGGUAACCAUGUGUCAAGGAACCGGUUGUAAGAUGCGGCCCUGGAUUUCGUGGGUUCGUCUGCCAUAGUGGCCCCAGUGCCUUGAAGACAGCCAGGUAAUUGUCGCACUCAUCCGCAUGUUUUCGGAUCAUUCCAACCAAGGUCGAUCCAACCAUCACUACUACCCAAUGUCUGGGGUGCCGGUGGUGGGUCGCUACGUAGCCCGCAGUUGGAGCAGUGGGUCAGGUACUCCAAGGGGGGAGCAGCACCCCCAGCCGGCACCACAACACCGCAGUAGUCGAGGACCAUGGAGGCUGCCCGCCUUCUUCAGGAGGAAGUUCGAGAUAGCCCAGCGCGGAGGAGGACGCGUGGGCAGCACUGUGCCUCCGGGGGUGAGCGAGGGCGGCGUGGCUGUGACUGAAGAGGCAUUCAAGGACCCAUCCCAUCCGUCGCCUUACAAAGAUCCCCUCAAAGAUCCUUUACGGGAUCCCCCAAGUAGUACCACCGAUCCUUUGAGAGAAUUUGGCAACCCAUCCUCACCCUACGCAGAACCCGAGCACCGAGAUGUUGGUUACCGAGAACCUCGGUACCUGGACCUCUUCGAUCCCGGGGUCUCGGUAGUUCGGGACCCAAAACUUGACCAACCAUCGUCGCCGCUGAAGAAUCGAACCCAAACUUGUUUUUCCAAAACGAUCACAGCGCUCGCCUCGACGAGGGUCAUCAUAGUUUGCAGCAUUCUUCUCGUAGUGUUAGUGAUCGUCAUAGCAGUGAUAGCAUCGAGUACUCGCGGGAUUAUUUUUGGUCCAGAUCCUCGUGUAAAACAUCCGUACGUCACGACAGUGACCGCGUGUGGACCGGUACAGGGAGUUGUAGAAGAUGACGCUUAUGUUUUCCGAGGGGUUCCUUACGCCAUUCCACCAGUAGGCAAAUUCCGCUUCCGACAUUCGCAGUUACAAACAGAUCUCGAACAUUGCUGGUCUGGGACAUACAUGGCUAACAUAACUCGUCCAUGCUGGGGCUACGAUAUGCAGGGUGCAGUCGUCAACGGUUGGGAAGACUGCUUGCUCCUUGAUAUUUUUACUCCGCAACUUGGCUAUGAUUCACCUCUACCAGUUGUCGUGUAUGUCGGAGGGUCAAGUCUUGGUGGCGACACAAGAAGACCUUGGCUGCUGAGCAAAGCUGCACCAACAGCCAUAGAACGCGGCGUAGUCAUCGUGGCACCUCAGAUCAGACGUGGCAUCUUUGGUUUCUUCCCACACCCGACAUUAGCUGCUUCAACAUAUCCCCACACUGCCGGGAAUCAGGGCGUUUCUGAUCUUUUGACAGCCCUCGCCUGGGUACAUCACAAUAUCGAGCAUUUCGGAGGCGACCCUCACAGAGUGACGUUACUAGGCCACCAAGCAGGCGCCGCUCUAGCUUGGCCGUUGCUUUACUCAUCCCAGGGACAUCGUUAUAUUCACACCGCGUGGAUGUCUGGUGCUGCUCCUCUCCAUCCCGAGCGCACCUGGAGGGAAGCUGACCCGUCCUUAGUCGAUUCUUUGAACUGCACUUCCUUGAGGUGCCUAGAAAUGAUGCCUGCUCAGUCUGUGAUGGAAGCCCCUCCUCUGGAAUGGCGUCGUCCUCAGAGUCAAGCCUGGUUGGUCUCCGACGGUGUUAUAGUGCCCUUUAUCCCGUCCUCACCACAAGUGCCUAUUAUGAUAGGGUCAACAGAGCAAGCAGCGGCCCAGCAAAUGUUGGCUUGGAGAGAACGCCUUGGGGCUUCUCGGCAGCAGUUGAUCGAUGCUGUGAUUGAUGGCCUUAGGCUUCCUGAAGUCGCUUCCCGACGCCCCUCAGAGGGAAUGGAUGGCCAGGAUAACUGGAUGGGUGGAAACCAACCGACAUGGCCAGGCCGCCCUCAGGGUGAUCCUACCUUCUGGCCGAUGCCUCCAUCAAAUGACCCAAACAUAGACCCCGUAGUAAGCAGCACGGCUCCUGGCAUGAAUGAAGCCGAAACAGCUCUGGAAUGGUAUUCAACUCUGAACGACAAUCCCUGGCUGUUGCUGACAACUCUGAUCUCCGACGGCACCGUCACGUGCCCCGCUCUGCUGACCUCUGCCAAUUUAGCUCGGGCUCGCUCGCAGUCCCAUAACGUCGAACCUAAAGAUGUGCCCAUUUACUCCUACGUGUCAAGGUAUCCCCGGGUUAGCAGGGUUGGGGCACUGGCUGACGGACUGACAGACAUAGAAGCUAUACUGGGCGUAUUCAGACCACUUACGCGAGCCGAUGCUCGAUACGCCCGGAAGAUGCAGGAUUUGUUUUUCGUUUUUGUUGAAACGGGGUCUCCUGAAUGGUAUACGUCCACACCUGCUCACCUGGGUGUCUACAUGAUUGACGAGGGUGUUAACGUUGAAGGGUCAAGGAUCAAGUGUGACCACUGGGUCAACAUGACUUACAUUGCUGGGAGGUAUUAAUCAGCUGAAAAAAAAGAAAGGAAAGGAAGAAGCACUAAUUUAAGAUAUCAUCAAAUGUGAAAUGGACAUUAUUUGCUUUUCUAGUAAGCUACGUGCGCUAUGUGUCAAGACAGGCGAAGCCUUUUACAGAUGAUGUAUGAUUUAUAUUCAGUAUCAUGAUGAUACACAAUGUUAGUAAUUCACUCUGAAAGACUCAUUUUCUUACCAAUGUGCCUUUAAUAACGCAUAACUAAGCACAAUGUGCUUUUAUGCGGUCGGUAACAGAAAAUGCCUUUGUCAUUGCUAUGUUAUGUUGGUAAGGCAUCGUACUCAGGUAAGUUAUUUUGUAAUGCUGACAGAUCACUUGAAUGACAAGUAAUUGUGGUGAAGUUUUCCAUU